AUGCACCCCAAAAAAGAGAUCCAAGCAGCCGAACUGGGGAUCGACCUCUCAUCAAAAAUCGAAUCAGAAUACUUCAAAUGGUUCCUCGCAUGUCUCCUGUUCGGCAAGCCAGUCCAGCAAGCCGUCGCCAAGCGAGCCUUCCUCGAGCUCGUCCAGGAGGGCAUCACUUCACCGGAUACUAUCCUAGAUGCAGGAUGGGAUCGACUAGUCGAGAUCCUGGAUGAGGGUCAUUAUGUCCGGUAUGACUUUUCGACUGCGACUAAGUUGCUUGAUGUGUCGCGUGCUAUGAAGCAGGAAUAUGGUACAUUUGGGGAGAUGUUGAGACGCUUCGGGACGGUUGAGGAAUUGGAGGUGCGGAUGCAGGAGUUUAAGGGGGUCGGGCCGAAGACGGUGGAGAUCUUCAUGAGGGAUAUGAGGCCUUUGCUUGAGUAG